CAGAGAUUUACUGCGAGACUACUACAAUGUCAGCCCCCGUGGAGUGCAAGUUGUUUACGUUGGUGUUGUUAAUUUUGAUUUUCAUACUCGCUUCAGAACUUUCAAAUUGCAAAACAAACGAAUCUGAUGCAAUGAAGUAUGUUUGUUUUUCAUCCAAAACAGCAUACGAGAACUUAUUAAAGUACAGACGAACCGCAAACAUUAAAGAUGGUUUCGUCUUCCCUCCCCGUCCAAUGAAGUGCCAGCCAAUACAGUUGAAUGUCGUCCUCAGACAUGGGACAAGACAUCCGAGUGUAAAGGACAUACAGAAAAUGCAGGCUUGUACAACAAAAGUUGUUGGCAAUGUGAUAAAUGCAGACUUUGUCCAUUUAAACAACUGGAAAUCUUCCUUUCCGCUUUCUCACGAAAAACAAUUGGUGGACGUUGGUCGAAGGGAACACGAAGACCUUGCAGUAAAAUACUCCACAGCAUUCCCCGAACUUAUUUCAGAUUUUUCAAGAGUGAAAAUUGUUUCUUCCAGAAUAUCUAGAUCUCUUGAAAGUGCCCAGUCAUUUAUAAAUAAAAUCGCAGGGGUGGGUGAAACUCCAAAAAUCAACAUCAAUGAUCAUAUCAUGAGGUUCUUUGAAUAUUGCCAAAACUACCUUGACAGAGUUGAUCACAAUAAAAGUGCAAAUUCAGAAAUGAAGAAGUUCAAAAAUGGUCCAGAAAUGAAGCAGUUAGCAACAAGCCUUGGUGAAAAAUUAUCUCUGCAAAAUAACAUCCAGUUAAAUGGAGAUGAUUUAAUGGGAUUAUUUAGGAUAUGUGCCUAUGAGGUUGCCUUUUACGGUUUUUCACACUGGUGUGAUGUACUUAACCUAGAAGAUUUGCAUGUCCUGGAUUACCUUGAUGAUCUUAAGCAAUACUGGAAAAAGUCCUAUGGCUAUGUUGUCAAUUAUGCUCAGUCCUGUCCUCUUUUAGCAGAUAUCAUACACACCUUGGAUUCAGCAGCUGAUAGCAAGGAAGGACAUCCAAAGGCAGUUUUCCAAUUUGGUCAUGCAGAAACAAUAUUUCCUCUGUUUUGUCUUCUGGGGUUAUUCAAAGAUGAGGUGCCUCUGAGAGCAGAUAACUUUCGGGUGCACAGAAAUAGGAAGUUCAGGAGCAGUGUCAUUAGUCCUUUUGCUGGAAAUAUUGCAUUUGUCUUGUACCACUGUGAUAAGGAGGGUAUGACCUCAGAGGAGAACAGGCGUGAUGGAUGGCCCGAAGAUAUACAGAACUUAAUGGUCCAGGUUUAUGUGAAUGAGAAAUUAGUCCAGUUGCCCUUCUGUGGCCACAAAAUGUGCUCAUAUGAGGAGUUUAAAAAGAAUUACAAGCAAUAUGCAACAAACUGUGACUACAAUGGAGUGUGUAAAAGGAAAACCCCUGAAAAGAAAGAUGAACUUUAAUCUCCCCCAAAAUUUUGUCUUACAUUGUCUGUAGAUUUUUCAUAGGAUGCACAUACUUAAAUUUUGCAUGCAAGUUGCCUUAUCUUCACAUUUCAUUUGUUCAUUGUAGCAUCAAACAGAAUACAAAUGCUUUGAGAAAAACACUACAUAAAGAGUAACUCAGAUUCUGUGUGCAUUAGGUAGAUAAGUGUAGGGCAUACAAUCCGUUUGAAAUAUUAUUAAUACUUUCAUACCAUCUCUUUCAAAUGUCUGUGAUUGAAUUACCAUUCAAAGAGAAGUGAUGAUUUGCAGUGGUCCAUAUAUACAAAUUUAGCAUAUAGAAAGUGUUAUUGUAAGAUAAUGUUACAGAUUUUAAUGCAGGUAUUUUCAUGUUAUUUAUUAUCAUAUAAGCCAUUCAUAACAUUGUCUCAGGCAAAACCUUCCAUAAUUUAAAAAAUGUCUAAAUGUAAAGUUUGCUUUAAAUACUUCCUUAGAAUCUCAGCAGAUUAUUUUACAUUUAGGAACAGUGGUAUUGAAUGUUGAAUACAAUAACUAGUCACCAGUUUCCUGUUUGCUGCAAAUAAAACAGAAGCCUCACCUAUGGAUGGAAUUGAUUUAUUUAGGUUCUAUAAAUGGAAAGUAUUUCAUCAAUCCACCAUUCAUUUUCCUUUACAGUAUACUUUGACUGACAUACGCAAAAAAACAGCAAAUUAACUGAAAGAAUAGUUACGUAAUUCCUACAUAUGUUGUAUCAUAUAAAGUGAAAUUUUUUAAUGAUAUUUGUAUUCAGGUUUCAUCCUUUAUGAACUAAGUGCAAAUUAAGAUCGUGUUGCCAAUCUCAAUGAGAUAAAAAGUCUGUGUUGGAGGAAGAAAAAUUUCCCCAAUGGCAAAAAAAAAAAA